AUGGAUCCAAUGUUCUCUGUUACACCCGCAUUUUUGUUAUUACUCACUCCCUUGAGCGUGUGCAUCUUGAUCACAAUACCUAUCGAUUACUGUUUUUUACCUUGGACGAAGAGCGGAAUGUUGAAUUUACUAUUGGCUGUUUGGGGCUUCCAUCUUGCUACGAAAUCUUCCGAGUGGGGUAUCACCAACGGAUACUGGGCUGGAAAAUAUUGGAAUAAACCUACUUCAGACUCCUCACCAAUGCCUACACCAUCAGCACCAGGCGCGUCUACGGAAGCGAACGGUUGGGUUGAAAUCGCUUCAUGGACCACACGACAAUUUGUUUCCUACCGAGGUUACCAGUAUGGUUGGGGAAUAAAACCUCAGCACAAGGUUCCAACCGUGCUUGACUUGAUUCAAAGGUUGAUUGUUGACAACUGCGUGCGAGCCAUUUCAAUCGCAUUUAUAAUGACGGCACGAGAUAAAGGCUCUCCCAAUCAAGUAUUGGCUACUAUUGGCUUACCAGAUUUUCCUUUGCGAUCAUUACUGGCUGAAGGUUUAUCAACACUGUCUUUUGGAUUUCUCUUGAUAUGCGGUGUAGAUGCCCUAUCAUGCCGGUACGGCUUGAUCUGCCACCUAGUUCAUUGGAUUGGAGGCUUUGUGCAAAUACCUAAAUUGAUCUUGGCCUUGUGCGAUCCGAACCGUUUUCAACACGCCUUCAACUCUCCUCACACGUCCACUUCCCUGAGCUGGUUCUGGGGAAAGGCAUGGCAUCAAUUCUUUAGAAGAGACUUCUUGAUGUGCGGUGGUUUCCCUGCAAGCGCUUUAGCCAAAAAGCUUGGUGGUGGAUUGAAGGUUCAAAGGAUCUGCGGACUUUUUGGCAGCUUCUUUAUUAGCGGUGUAAUGCAUGAAUUUGUUGCACAUGCCAUUGCACGCAAGGCACAUCCUUUCCCUCACGUCUACUUUAAGGAGUUCCCGGCUGCAUUUGUAUAUUUCCUUGUGCAACCAAUAGGGAUUGUCUUGGAACCAUACAUAAUCCCCCACAUACCUCGCAAACUCGGAGGAGGAUGGCUUUGGGUUCUGAUAUUCACUCUUUUGACUGCCACACCUUUUUCGAAACAAUAUGCCUACAACUUCAGGCUGGUUGACGAUGGGUACAAACCUUUGGACGAAUGGAAUGUUGCAACUGUCUUACUGGGAAGUUUACAAAAGCGUUGAAGAUGUGUGAAAAAACUUACAUGCGGUCAAUUUAGGUUCAUUAUGAGUUAUGGACAUACAAGCUUGAAGGUCUUCAAAGUUGUAGUAUUUUAUUUUCGAACAGUAGAUUAAAAAUCAUAUUCAAAAUAGAAUUUCAUAUACAUCCUUUUUCUUUUGGAGCUCACCAUUUAUAGUCCGGAAAAACACACCCAAAGCCCGCUUUUUUGGCUUAACCAAAGCAGUCAAACAUUUUUCGGGCCAUAGCCCCAUUUUUCUCUUCAAUUCUUGAUUUACACUUGUUUGAUCAUUCAUCUUUGUUUUCUUUGAUUCACCCUCUUGAAAUUCAUUAUACUAUAGUUUUGCACUUGAAAUAUCACAAUGACAAUUGAUAAGGAGGCCAUC